ACGAGACAGCCUCGCAUCCUGCGGGAAACCAGCACAGCGAAUAGAGGCAACACCUUACAAUUUAGACUAGGACAUUUAAAACAUAUAUAUUUAGGUCGUUGAGAUAUUGUAAAUAUAAAGUAUUGAGCCUUUUACAUAGCAUUAUAAUACCAACUUCAUUCAAAUGACGGGGAGCAGAUUGCAGAGCGUGUUUCUGAACAUUUACAGUGUGUGAGGAUGAUAUGAAUGUCAACCGGUCAAGGUCCACUCCUCCGAUGCCAACAGAACCAAUAUUGGAUUCUUACCCUCCAGGCCGAGAGGAUCUGCCGCAAGCAUUUGGAUAACAUUUAGACACAGUGCUGUGUUCAAGGGACAAACAAGGAUCUUGAUUGUGUUUCUUAUCUAGUAGGCUAUGGGUGUCCUCUGGCACUGGAAGGAGGUGGGGCACUAAGAAGAGAACUUUGAUCGCAGAAAAUAUGGAUUGAUGCAUUUUCAAUAUAUACGACACUUCUACAGAAAAAUAGGCUUAACCACCAUAUGCUUUUAGAGACACAAAGGAUUUAUACCUCAACCAUUUAUUGUUGUCAACAAAUGUGUUGCUUGUUGAUUGCGCCCAACAGUGAAGUAGUGAACCAGGCUACCACAUUUUAAAAAGAAGCAGUAGGUUAGCCCACAUCAACAAAUUGAUUGUACGCGAAAUGGCGUGGGUGAAUAGCUUAUGAACGCUUGACAAAUGCAAUUGAACCAAUUUUCCUUUUAAAACGCGCUGUAAAUAUUGUAGGCUAAUUGGGCCUGAGAAGCGGUGGCCUAUGGACCUAAUUUCAUGAACUGGACUGUUGAAGAAUUAUCACCAUGUCGGCGGUAAUGAUAUCACGGAAGGUGCGAAAAUGGGAAAAGCUUCCUGGCAAAAAUACUUUCUGUUGCGACGGACGAGUGAUGAUGGCACGGCAGAAAGGCGUGUUCUAUCUAACCAUGUUUCUCAUCGUCGGCACCUGCUCUCUGUUCUUUGCAUUCGAGUGUCCGUACCUGGCCAUCCACCUGUCUCCUGCCAUCCCUGUGUUUGCUGCCCUGCUCUUCCUGUUUGUCAUGGCCAUGCUCCUGAGGACCAGCUUCAGCGACCCGGGCGUCCUGCCGCGAGCCCUGCCUGAGGAGGCCACCUUCAUCGAGAUGGAGAUAGAGGCAGCCAAUGGAAACGUCCCUGCGGGCCAACGCCCCCCACCUCGGAUCCGUAACGUCCAGAUCAACAACCAGAUUGUCAAGCUCAAGUAUUGUUACACCUGCAAGAUCUUCAGGCCCCCCCGAGCCUCUCACUGCAGCAUCUGUGACAACUGUGUGGACCGGUUUGACCAUCACUGUCCGUGGGUGGGCAACUGUGUGGGCAAAAGAAACUACCGCUACUUCUACCUGUUCACCCUGUCCCUGUCCCUGCUCACCAUCUACAUCUUUACCUUCGACAUUGUCCAUGUGGUGCUACGCUCAGUGGACUCUGGAUUUGUGAAUACUCUGAAGGAUACACCUGGGACUGUGCUGGAAGUGCUGGUGUGUUUCUUCACCCUGUGGUCAGUGGUGGGACUGACCGGCUUCCACACCUACCUGAUCUCCCUCAACCAGACCACCAAUGAGGACAUCAAAGGCUCGUGGUCGGGGAAGAAUCGAGUGCAGAACCCCUACAGCCACAAGAACAUGAUGAAGAACUGCUGUGAGGUUCUGUGUGGCCCUGCAUACCCCAGUGUCUUGGACAGAAGAGGGCUGAUGCAGGAAGAUCCAUCUGCUCCUCCAGUCCCUGCUGCUGAGGCUGCCACCAAAGGCAGCAACCCAGUCCCACAAACCACAAAAACCACAGCUCCACUCAUCCCCAACGAGCACACUCCUGAUGACACCAAGCCCAGCAUCGCAGAAACCCCUGAGAAGAGCUCUUGCCCCAAGGAGGAGAAGCCACCUACUCCCAAAGUCCCGCCCCUGGCCUCCCCCGAGACUGACGUAGAGACGUCCAUCCCAGUCAAGGACAAGACCCACUAGCUGGGGGAUCCCGUUUCAGCAGUCUUCUCACUUCCUGGUCUGUGGGUCUUAAAGGGAACAUGAAUCAGAAUCUGAGCUGGAUGACGGACAAGCAACCAACUAAUGGUGGACGAGAGACUAUUCUUAUCUGAUUUGACAUGCCACCAGAUGCACAGAGACAGUUCAACAAGCCACUCCCAUCCCUUCUCCCUGACUGCAAGACUUCCAGAUUGACAGUAGCGGUGAGGCCCUCAGUAGAUCUCUCCUGCCCUGAGCAUUGCAUGAAAAACUACUAAUGGAGAAAACUCUUCAAACUACUCCAUAGACGAGACCUCUCCAGGUGCCUGUGACUUAUGGCAACCUAUGGCUUUGCUUGGAUCGUCAGCACGACAGUUUCUUUGUCUUGGUUUUAUAUAUAUAGCUAAGUGACUUUUAUUGUAAAAAAAGCUUGUUCCAACGUAGUCUUUACAGAUGUCUAUUUCUUCCGGGCCUGUCAGUCUUCUAGCAUUAACACUAAUGCGUCAGAUCUCCAAGUCUCCAGUACCUGGUACAGGCCCUAUGCAAUUCAUAGAUGGUCAGAAUAACGAUGGUCGGCAUGGACACUGAGGAUGUUUUGAUUUGUAUGUAAAACGUUCAACAGUAUGUCUAUGUCGUUCACUAUUAGGCAGUGACAUGGUAAAGCAGAAAUAGAAGACCGAUCUCUCAGCUGCUCCUUCCACAAGUGAAACCCUACUGACACUGCUGCAAACGGGCGUUGUUUCAUUGACCCAUCUAUAUCAAGAUGUCCUCUGCUAUCCUACUUCCAUUGUUUUAUAUUCUCAAAGGGAAUGUGCUCUGUGAUGGUUCAGCGGAAACAUUUUGUUUGCAGAAAUUCUACUUUCUGUGUCCAGUAGUAUAUGGAAGCAGAUACUUAGCCAGGGUCCUGGUGUGUAUGAGAGAGAGAGCCUGAUUGCUGUUGAUAGUAGACACUAGUAACAGUGCCUUAUCAAAAAGCUGCACUAUCACAUGCAACUUCACAAAGGUCGACCACAAAGAAGCCCUUAGACUUUAAUUUCAUGAAACCAACUCAGAACUGUAUGCACAGGAGUGUUCAGUGGGAAAUGUCACUUUUUCUACUGUAUCAUUGAGACUUUGAGAAGCAAAAAAAGAAGUCAAGCCAUUGCUGAAGUGUACAUACUGUACGUAGGUGUAGAUAUGGUGAAACAUGUUCCGAUGUCAGGUGGAAAUGGAGGAUGGCAUCCAUGUUGUGGCUAUUUUCCCUUUUUCUUUGAAGGUGGUUUGUGUGGCCACUGUUGAAUAUCUACCUGUAAAGUGGAAUCCUGCCUCUCCAGUUUCUCCUGUCAGACCCCAUCUCCUUCCUAUCUCUACUGCCGUCUGUCCUGUUGCCAACUAUUAAUGAGCAUUUCAUUCAGUCUUUACACUGCCCCCCCCUCCCCACCCUCCUUUACUCGUCUUCUCUUUUUGUCUUUCACUGGGAAAAGGGAUUGGGUGCCCAAGGCUACAUGGUUGCUGGAGCCACGUGUGGCAGUCUCAUUAUGGAGACUGAAGAUGGAGCUGCUUUAGUUUCUCUGCCUUUCACACAUCUGUUCAUUUCACACCAACUGGGGCUCCAAAUGAUUUCAGCUUCUGAGAGGCUGUGAGGCAUCAUGUGCGUCUCUGCAACGCCAACAUCUCAAAGGGACGGGAUUCCAAAGGAGGUUUUUAGAGAGAAUGGCGUUGUGUUAAGCUGAUUGUAUUUGAUGGGGAGAGUGUGUAUUACUCAUUGUGUUGUAUGCAAGGCAGAGGAAUUGUUUGUGCUAUUUACUUGUAUAGAUACUCUAGUAUAAUCACAUUAGGCCCUCUGUUUUGACCCAGAUAAUUUAUUCCGGUAAAUAAAUGCUUCAAUUGAUCUAGUCAAACAAAAUUAAUAACAGAUUAAAGGCAGAGCUUAUGAAUAGAACGGAUAUUGAAUUGAUUUAGUACAUUUUAAGCUUGUUUCCUUUACUUUCACAAUGUUGAUCAUUCUAUUCCCUAAUAAAACCUUGAGAUACUACUAUUGAAAAAAAAUGACUAGUGAAAGAACAUGGAACAUUGGUUUGUAGUAGAAAGUGAAAGAUGAAACCUAAAUCCAUAUUUACUUGCCAACCCAGCAGUUUACACGUGUGAUAUGAGCGCCUCAGAGCAGAGAGCUUCUGUUAGCGAGACAGGACCACAACGUUUGAUCAGGGAGUCAAACUGUUGCCCUGUGAGCUUCUGAGAAGGCAUAUUUGAAUGUUUGUUGUGAGUGUGAAUGCUUUUUGAAGAACUGUAAUUUCCGUUUUGGCCAAAGGCUUCCAGUUUAUUUUGAAGAUGCAAUUAUGGUAGAAUUCAAUCCUCCUUUUUAGUGGAAGUUGAUGGGGUCAUCCAGAAGAGUACUCGGCUGUGCAGUUUUAAAUAUGUUCUUGUAUGUUUCCUAGUGUUGCAUUGUCAUCAAUAGAACGUAUGAUUGUUAUUGAUGUGUGACCAUCUUAUUAAAUAGGGAUUGUACUUGAGACAUUUAACCAGUCAUUUAACUGGUUGAACAAGUGCGGUUUUAAAUAUUCAGGAAUUUGAAAUCUGGCACCAAAUUAUAAUGACAAAUAAUUAAACAAGAUAAAAUGACUCGGUGUGAGGUAAAUAUUUGUAUGUUUUUUUACGUGAAAAGUACCUGAGGUCAGAUUGGAAUCUAAUGACCUAAUAUUCCAGUACAUAAUGUAAACCAGAUAGUUAUCAUACCACUGAUGGAAUAAUAUUUAUGUUCACUUUGUUUAGUAAUGACACUGUGAUUAUGUAUAUUUCAUCCGAUUUCCCCCACUUCUUUUUACAUUAUUGAUUGAUGUGGUAAAUAAACUAUUGUCUUAUUA